AUGCCGGAGGAGCCCCGGCCGCGGCCUCCGCCCCUCGGGCUUCGCGGGCUCCUGUUCCUGGCGUUGUGCAGUCGGGCCCUCAGCAAUGAGAUUCUGGGCCUGAAGCUGCCCGGCGAGCCGCCGCUGACCGCCAACACCGUAUGCUUGACGCUGUCGGGCCUGAGCAAACGGCAGCUAGGCCUGUGCCUGCGCAGCCCCGACGUGACGGCAUCCGCGCUUCAGGGCCUGCAUAUCGCGGUCCACGAGUGUCAGCACCAGCUGCGCGACCAGCGCUGGAACUGCUCCGCGCUGGAGGGCGGCGGCCGCCUGCCGCACCACAGCGCCAUCCUCAAGCGCGGUUUCCGGGAGAGUGCUUUUUCCUUCUCCAUGCUGGCUGCAGGGGUCAUGCACGCGGUAGCCACGGCCUGCAGCCUGGGCAAGCUGGUGAGCUGCGGCUGCGGCUGGAAGGGCAGUGGUGAGCAGGAUCGGCUGAGGGCCAAACUACUGCAGCUGCAGGCACUGUCCCGGGGCAAGAGUUUCCCCCACUCCCUGCCCAGUCCUGGCCCCGGCUCAGGCCCCAGCCCUGGCCCCCAGGACACAUGGGAAUGGGGUGGCUGUAACCAUGACAUGGACUUUGGAGAGAAGUUCUCUCGGGAUUUCUUGGAUUCCAGGGAAGCUCCCCGGGACAAUCCAGGCAAGAAUGCGAAUCCACAACAAAGGGUGGGGCGACAGGUGGUGACUGAAAACCUGAAGCGGAAAUGCAAGUGCCAUGGCACGUCGGGCAGUUGCCAGUUCAAGACCUGCUGGAGGGCGGCCCCAGAGUUCCGGGCAGUGGGGGCGGCGUUGAGGGAGCGGCUGGGUCGGGCCAUCUUCAUCGAUACCCACAACCGCAACUCCGGAGCCUUCCAGCCCCGCCUGCGUCCCCGUCGCCUCUCAGGAGAGCUGGUCUACUUUGAGAAGUCGCCUGACUUCUGUGAGCGAGACCCUGCCGUGGGCUCCCCGGGCACUCGGGGCCGGGCCUGCAAUAAGACCAGCCGCCUGCUGGAUGGCUGUGGCAGCCUGUGCUGUGGCCGUGGGCACAACCUGCUCCGGCAGACACGAGUCGAGCGCUGUCAUUGCCGCUUCCACUGGUGCUGCUACGUGCUGUGUGAUGAGUGCAAGGUCACAGAGUGGGUCAACGUGUGUAAGUGAGGGCCAGCCUCGCCACAGCACUGGGGAAGGGGGAGGGCACCUUUUCAGCCUUUUGCUCUGAUUUCUGUCCAGGGUCAGUCCUGGCUCCUAGAAGCUCCAAGUAUCUACCUGGAAGCAGCUUGGGGGCGGUGGGGGUCAGGUAGAGUCUGUGAUGUGCAGCCUUCUCCCCCACAGUAGGAGGGCCUUGGAGGGAAAGCUGUCACCCCUCUUCUGCUCCUUAAACACCUGAAAUGAGCUAAGAUGAAAUGCACUGUAUUGCCUCCCCUCCCCCACCCUGGAGUCCCUUUAGCUCUGGUUCCUCUUCCUUCUGGCUGGGGAGUCCCUGUAGUUUGACCACUCUUUUCCUUUGAGGGAUAGCCCCAGGCACUGUGUGGCGCCGUAAGACCUGUAUCCAGGGAGACCACUCAUUCCUACCUGCCAUUCCCAAACUCUUCUACAGUGAUCUGGGCCCACUCUUGUGGGGUAAUGGGAGAUGGUGGUAGAGAGGUUUUUCUUGGGGAAGAGACAGAGUGCUGGAGGGGGACCUCUCCCCUGAGUCCUCAGAGGGUUGUUUGUCUAGGUCCUUAGGGAAACUAUCCCUCCCCCCGCCUUCAGAUGUUAAAGGAAACCUCCAAAGGAAGAAUUUUACCUAAGACUCUCUGAGCCUUUUAUUCUUUCUUUAGCAGGAGGGAUGGGGAUGGAUAAUUGUAUUGUACUGAGACUUGUUCUUGGUUUCUGUUUGUAACUAAAAUAAAUUAAGCU